GAGGAGUUUGAGUCUCUUCUUCAGGACCGUUGACGAAACGUUUUCCACAACGUGAGCGCGGGGCAGAGCUCUCACUGUGAACGCUCCGACCUGCAGAGACUUUUUUUGCGGUGCAAAGUUCAGUGUUUCGGAAAUGAACCAAACAAACCGACAGCUCUCUUGUGCCAGGUUGUGGACGGGGGGCGAGAAAGCUCCCAACAUGCCGCAAAAAGCCGAGGAAAGUCGCUUCUACUUCACCAAAUGCUACCCAGGAAAUGACUUGUGCAGGCUGAGAGACUUGGACAAUGCGGGUGGUUACGGGGACACGGAGAAGCAGCGGUGUCAGUCUGCUGCUCAGGAGGAGUGUCGUGUGGGCGAUAGUGGCUCCUUCCCCGCCUGCGCCACCAUCUCAGAGACUGGCAGGGAGCUGUGCAGAGCGGUGUCCGUGUCGCUGGGACUGACCAUGGAGUCCAGCGAGCCCAACGGCUCGGACUCUGCGCUCAACCCGGGCAGCGAACAAAUGUCAGCCGAGUUCCUCUUCAGAGUCCCGCUAAGUUGCUCCGGCGCGCCGAGGUACAGGUGCUCGGAGCAGGAGGAGUCGCGAAACAAGUUCUCCAGCGCAGACCCCGUCGCUCCGCUGCAGCCGCUCUCCCCGGAGCCCCACUUCCCGCCCUGCGAAGCCGAAGACAUAACUUCUAAAGACUUAGAUCAACUGGACUCGUGCACGUUCGGCCAGGCGGCCCGCGAGCAGUCCGAGCGCUACGGUCCCCUGGAGCGGCCGUGUCGCGUCUACAAGCCGCAACCUGGAGAGUUUGGCGAGGCCGCGGGCAACAGGUUCCGAGGGUACCCGCCGGAGCACUACACUUUCCGGGUCAAAUCAGAGGACGCCACUGGGGACUCCACGGUAGGACUCUGGGCUAAUAACUACAGCCUAAAUGAGGCGCGGAACUCUCCGUUUUGGGGGUCCAGACAGCAGUACAUGAGCGCGCACAGCAGCGGGACCAGCGCGUUUAUUUGUAACCCGUAUGAGAGGAGCCCGGGCCGGCCGGAGCAGUGGUACCCAGCUGGAGGGAUGCUGAGGCCAAACUAUCCUAACUCCAGCUACAUCAAGACCGAGGAGUGGCUGGAUGUCCCCUACACUGACGCCAGGUUUGAGUCCAGCAGGGAUCACAUGUUCCCCAUGGAGUUCUUCUUUCCACCACAGAGAACCUGCCUGAUCUGCUCAGACGAGGCAUCUGGCUGCCAUUACGGCGCUCUCACUUGCGGCAGCUGCAAGGUUUUCUUCAAAAGAGCAGCGGAAGGAAAGCAGAAGUACUUGUGUGCAAGUAAAAACGAUUGCACCAUUGAUAAACUACGCCGAAAGAAUUGCCCUUCAUGUCGACUGAAGAAGUGUUUCGAAGCUGGGAUGACGCUGGGAGCCCGGAAACUGAAGAAGAUUGGACAGCAGAAGAACUCUGAGGAGGACCAUAAUGUCCAGGACCAGAUAGAGCCCAUGCAAAAUGUCUCACCUAAAUCAGGCCUGAGCUUCAACUCCCAGGUUGUCUUCCUCAACAUCCUGGAGUCCAUCGAGCCUGAGGUGGUGAAUGCGGGACACGAUUACGGCCAACCAGACUCAGCGGCCACCCUGCUAACCAGCCUGAAUGAGCUGGGGGAGAGACAGCUAGUCAAAGUGGUCAAGUGGGCGAAAGGACUCCCAGGCUUUCGGAAUCUCCAUGUGGACGAUCAAAUGACUGUCAUCCAGCAUUCAUGGAUGGGAGUGAUGGUGUUUGCGCUGGGCUGGCGGUCCUACAAGAACGUCAAUGGUCGGAUGCUUUACUUCGCUCCUGAUCUGGUGUUCAACGAGCACCGGAUGCACAUCUCCACCAUGUACGAGCACUGCAUACGGAUGAAGCACCUGUCGCAGGAGUUCAUGCUGCUGCAGAUCACUCAAGAGGAGUUCCUGUGCAUGAAGGCGCUGCUGCUUUUCAGCAUCAUUCCGGUUGAAGGCCUUAAGAGUCAGAAGUACUUCGACGAGCUGCGUCUCACCUACAUUAACGAACUGGACCGCCUCAUCAGCUACAGAAUCACGUCCGUGUGUUCGCAGAGGUUCGACAAGCUCACGCGGCUCCUGGACUCGCUGCAGAUGACAGUGAAGAAGCUCCACCAGUUUACAUUCGACCUGUUUGUCCAGGCGCAGUCGCUGCCCUCAAAGGUCAGCUUCCCGGAGAUGAUCGGAGAAAUCAUCUCUGUCCACGUACCAAAGAUCCUGGCUGGUUUGGCCAAACCAAUCUUGUUCCAUGAGUAGAGGGUUUCUGCUUUUGUAUUUUGGAAUCAAAGUGACUCAUCUCCACUGAGCUGUACGGAGGCAUGGUGCUGUUUUCCUCCACCCUUGGUCAGAUAGCGUGUAGCCUCUUCAUCUCUUUUUCUACGUUUAAACUUUACAGUGCAUUGAGUUUGCUCUGAGCUUUACUGGAAGUGCCGCCGGUCGUGAAUGGAUCACACACUCAAAAAGACACAACUGAUUGACUAACUUUUCAUACACUUUGAUCUUUAAGUGUCCUUAAAAACUUGACAAGCAAACACUUCUGGUUUGAUUCCAGUCUUGAACAAAGUAUAUUUGUAUAGUUUUUUUCCAACUCCGUACAAGGUUAAGCCUCUGUUUAAGGAUAAAAACUCCAAAUUGUCAUUAUUAUAGGGUUUCAAUUUGGCUCAGAGUCCUGGUUAAGGUUGGCCUUUUGGAUGGUUAGAGAGAGACUGGGGUGUGUGUGUGUGUGUUGACCUGUCACGGCUAAAACCCUUGUCAACAUUCAGUAACAUAAAAACCAAUUUGGAAUUAUCAAUAUUUUUUCCAUCAUUUGAGUGAGUUUUCCAGUAAUUUCCAUCACAGUUAUGAAGGAAAAUAUAAAGGUCGACACCCAGUUAUUUACAUUGUUGGUCUUUGAAAAGUUUCAAAUUGAUUCCUCACUAAAAGACGAACCACAUUUUGUACUCUGCGUCACCUGUUUUGUGUUACUAAUCUACUAUCUAAUCUACUAAUGGAUCAUGAACGGCAAAGAGAAUCUGGAUGUGGACAGCGUUGACAAUAGGACAACAAAUAUCCACCUGCAGCCAACACAGAUCCGGGAGAAGCGGUUUGACUGCUUCUGCCAAACGUUGAAGAUGAACAGUCUGUGGAAUGCCUUGAGGAGAAACAAUGGUUUGCUUUUCGUUUCAUCCAGAUAUCACAUGCUGAAGUUUUGUAUAUACCUGUCUCUCCACAAGUUUCCUCUGCACUAAAUUUAUUGUGAUGUAAAUUCAUUUCUGCCAUGUGACAGCUUGACGCAUGCGUCUCGUGUUCGUUGAUGCUUGUAGUUCCAACACCAAUGGUUAGAUUCAGGCUGUGGAUGUAAAGGCAGACUUUUUCUAUCUCACCAUCAACAAUUUCAGCGCCAAGGUCGGCCUCACGUCUGUGCUGUCUUGUUCUCCAGCAGUUUGAGCAGCAACAGGGAGAAAAGGGACUUCAGAAGCUCUGUGACACUUGAGCCUACCACCUAUUAAAGCCCCGUGCUCAGAUCUAGCUGCUGCCACAUCCCGUGAACGGCAGACCAUACCAGCUUCAAUUUUUUUUUCUCUCAUUUUUGAGGCUCCAAAUCUUGUAGCUUUCUUAUGCACCUGGCAGAGUGAUGAAUGAGCCGUCCAUGUGUAAAUACUAAUCGGACUUUUGUCACUCCAGUGUUUGUAUAUUGGACAACAGCUGGUGUGCGAUGGCUGUUCCUCUACAUGCUCCAGUAACUGUAUAUAUUGAUCCCUGUUGGUUUUCGGUGUCCAGACAUUUGACCUUUGCGGUCAUCUCUUGUAUGAUUUUUACCUUUUGUGAACUAGUGUGUUUUUCAAUACAUAUGUUUUUUCAAACUCGCAGAGCUGCGUCAUCUUUU